AUGCUCAAGCAAAUUCAGGUAAAUAUUCCAUUGAUCGAAGCUUUAAAGGAGAUGCCUGGAUACGCAAUAAUGAUGAAAGACUUAAUGUCCCGGAAAUUUGACUUCCAAGACUUGGCUACGGUGACACUUACUCAAACGUGCAGUGCAGUGGUAACUAGACCUGUUGCUGAAAAGCUCUCAGAUCCCGGGAGUUUUACUAUUCCAUGUACUAUUGGAAACUUUGCUUUUGCGAAAGCACUCUGUGAUUUAGGGGCCAGCAUUAAUCUUAUGCCCCUGGUCAUUUACAAGAGGUUGGGCAUUGGGAGAGCUAGACCCACCUCUAUGCUGUUGCAGCUGGCUGACAGGACUGUGAAGCGUCCAUUUGGGAUCCUUGAUGAUGUACUUAUUCAGCUGGCUGACAGGACUGUGAAGCGUCCAUUUGGGAUCCUUGAUGAUGUACUUAUUCAG